UUUGGUCUUAUGAGGUACCGCGUAUGAUUAUCCUUUAGAUUGCAUAUGGAGACAAAAAAUUGGAUUCAUAUUCUCCAAAUAAUGCUGCCAGAUUGUGAUCUUGUGUCCACCUUUUUUUAUUUAAUUUUGGUUGAAUGUUUACACGUUAAAACUUGCUUUAAUAAAAUAGAUUCUGGGAAUGAUUUGUUCAUGUAAAAUAGGAGAGUGCACUUGGUUGGAUUUAUAUCAAAUAAGGGAGAUGUAUUGUCCAAAAAGUUUAAAAUCAAUUGAACUCAACCCUUUUAUGUUUGUGUACACUUUUUCUUUGUUCAAUGUGGAAUUUUAUAGUUCUCCAACACAACUUUUUUUAUUUAGUUUUCGUUGUAUCGGUACAUGUUCAAACUUGUCUUAAUAAAAUAUAUUCCGGGAAUGAUUUAUUCACGUAAAAUACUAAGUUAACAUGGCCCUACCAGAUCUUCGUAAGUUUGGUCAACUAUGCGUGUUUGGCCCUCAUAAAUUCUUCCUUUUCUCUAUAAAUAGUUGAGAUUUGCAUUGACAAAUGAUUACCAUGUUUGGCUCAAUAUGAAUAUGCAGUUUUCUCUGCCAGGUUGAGGUGUGAUUUCUUUUUCUCUGCAUCUUAUUUCAUGGAGAAAAUGAGAGAGAAUAUUUCAGAAUCUGGGCUAGUUUUGAUCUCAGUGAUAUUGGUCACAGCCAUAUUUGCAAAAAUAAUUCUAUUCAAGUUAGAGAAGGAGGAUAAAAGAAAAUGCAGAUUACCACCAGGAAGAAGAGGAUGGCCUUUGAUUGGAGACAGCAUCAAUUGGUACAAUGCUGUUGCAAGUUCUCAUCCUCCUCAGUUUGUUGAAGAAAUGGUGAAGAGGUAUGGAAAGAUAUUUUCUUGCAGCCUAUUUGGCAAAUGGGCAGUGGUGUCAGCAGAUCCAAGCUUCAACCGCUUUGUAAUGCAAAAUGAAGGAAGAUUAUUCAUUUCAAGCUACCCAAAAUCUUUCAGAGAUUUGGUUGGAAAAAAUGGUGUGAUCACAGUGCAAGGAGAGCAACAAAGGAAGCUACAUGGAAUUGCCUCCAAUAUGAUGCGUCUGGAGAAGCUUAAGUUCCACUUCAUGAAUGAUAUCCAAAAGGUCAUGCUCCAAACUUUGGGAAAUUUUAGCAACAACCAAGUCAUUCUUCUCCAAGAUGUUUGUAGGAAAGUGGCUAUACAUUUAAUGGUUAAUCAACUCUUGGGGGUUUCAAGUGAGUCUCAAGUCAAUGAAAUGGCUCAGUUGUUUUCUGAUUUUGUUGAUGGUUGUUUAUCCAUUCCUAUCAACAUCCCUGGCUAUGCAUACCACACUGCUAUGAAGGCAAGGGAGAAUAUCAUAAGCAAGAUAAACAAGAUCAUUGAGGAACACAGACAAAAGGGUGCUCCCAUGGAAGGCAAUGGUGUACUUGGAAGAUUGCUAGAGGAAGAAAGCUUGCCAGAUGAUGCUGUUGCAGACUUCAUUAUCAAUCUUCUCUUUGCAGGAAAUGAAACAACAACCAAAACAAUGCUCUUUGCAGUCUACUUCCUUACUCAAUGUCCUAGAGCCAUGAAGCAGUUGCUGGAUGAACAUGGUUCACUGAGGAGUGAUUCUGGAGAUGAAUUGCUCACAUGGCAGGACUAUAAAGCAAUGCCAUUCACUCAAUGUGUCAUUGAUGAAACACUGAGACUUGGGGGCAUUGCAAUUUGGUUAAUGAGAGAAGCAAAAGAAGAUGUUCAAUACCAAGAUUUUGUUAUUCCCAAAGGGUGCUUUGUGGUUCCAUUUCUUUCAGCCGUCCAUUUAGAUGAGAAAGUAUACAGUGGAGCUCUAGACUUCAAUCCUUGGAGAUGGAUGGAACAAGAAAAUGAGGAAAAGAGAAACUGGAGAAGUAGUUCAUUCUACGCACCAUUUGGAGGAGGUGCCAGAUUCUGUCCAGGAGCAGAGCUUGCACGCCUUCAAAUUGCUCUUUUUCUUCAUUACUUUGUUACUACAUACAGAUGGACACAGAUGAAGGAAGAUAGAAUGUCCUUCUUUCCCUCUGCUCGUUUGGUGAAUGGUUUUGAAAUCUGUCUAACAAGAAGACAGAAUGAGACAGAUUAAAAGAUGUCACCAAGUUCACCUCAAAAUCAAGCCUAGUUCUUCACUUUUUUCAGUAAUUGUUUUCUCUGGCUAUUGUUUUUGCUGAGUUCUUUCUCAGUUCUCCAACAACAGUAUGUUUCAGAGUUCAAAUUCUGCAGUCACUUGCCAUGUAUAAAAUAUGAAUGUAAAAUUAUACUUUUUAUAUUGUAACAUGUACAUUACUCAUAAAAGGUUGUAUAGCAUACACCAAUUCAGUUUAUGGCUUUCUAUUUAUUUUUU